AUGGCGCAACUCGAUACUCUGGAUAUGGUCGUUCUGGCGGUGCUCUUGGUGGGUAGUGUUGCCUACUUUACCAAGGGCACCUACUGGGCUGUUGCCAAAGACCCGUAUGCCUCGUCGGGACCCGCGGCCAAUGGCGAUGCCAAGGCUGGCAAGACCAGGAAUAUUAUCGAGAAAAUGGAUGAAACUGGCAAAAAUUGUGUGAUUUUCUACGGUUCGCAGACUGGUACCGCCGAGGACUACGCCUCCAGACUGGCCAAGGAAGGAUCUCAGCGUUUCGGUCUUAAGACCAUGGUCGCUGAUCUGGAAGACUAUGACUAUGACAACCUGGACAAGUUCCCCGAGGACAAGGUCGCUGUCUUUGUCGUGGCUACCUACGGUGAAGGUGAACCCACGGAUAACGCUGUCGAGUGCUACCAAUUCCUCACCGGAGAGGAUGUCGCUUUCGAGAGUGGCGCGUCCGUGGAUGACAAGCCUCUUUCCUCCCUCAAAUAUGUCGCUUUCGGUCUCGGUAACAACACCUACGAACACUACAACGCUAUGGUCCGCCAGAUUGACGCUGCUCUCACCAAGAUGGGUGCUCAACGAAUUGGUUCCGCUGGUGAAGGUGAUGAUGGUGCUGGCACUAUGGAAGAGGAUUUCUUGGCCUGGAAGGAACCCAUGUGGGUUGCUCUCUCCGAGGCAAUGGGUCUGCAGGAGCGUGAAGCCGUGUAUGAGCCUGUCUUCUGCGUCAACGAGGAUGAAUCUCAGUCCCCCGAAGAUGACACUGUCUUCCUUGGUGAGCCGACCCAGGCCCAUCUCGAAGGUCGUGCCAAAGGUCCCUACUCCGCCCACAACCCGUUCAUCGCCCCGAUUGUCGAAUCUCGUGAACUGUUUACUGUCAAGGAUCGUAACUGUCUGCACAUGGAAAUCAGCAUUGCCGGAAGCAACCUUAGCUACCAGACUGGUGAUCACAUUGCGGUUUGGCCUACCAACGCUGGUGCCGAGGUAGACCGAUUCCUGCAGGUCUUUGGUAUCGAGAACAAGCGUCACACGGUCAUCAACAUCAAGGGUAUCGAUGUCACUGCCAAGGUUCCCAUCCCGGCUCCCACCACCUACGAUGCCGCCGUUCGUUACUACAUGGAAGUCUGUGCCCCCGUCUCUCGUCAAUUCGUCUCCAGUUUGGCCGCUUUUGCCCCCGAUGAUGAGGUCAAGGCAGAGAUUGUUCGCCUCGGUAACGACAAGGACUAUUUCCACGAGAAGAUCACCGACAAGUGCUACAACAUCGCCCAGGCUCUCCAAAGCAUUACCUCCAAGACAUUCACCAACGUUCCCUUCUCUUUGUUGAUUGAGGGUCUGAACAAGCUUCAGCCCCGCUACUACUCUAUUUCGUCCUCGUCCCUUGUCCAGAAGGACAAGAUCAGUAUCACUGCUGUUGUUGAGUCUGUUCGCUUGCCUGGUGCCUCUCACGUCGUCAAGGGUGUGACCACAAACUACCUCCUUGCUCUGAAGCAGAAGCAAAAUGGUGACCCCGAGCCCGAUCCCCACGGUUUGACCUACUCUAUUACUGGCCCCCGCAACAAGUACGACGGAAUCCACGUGCCUGUCCACGUCCGCCACUCGAACUUCAAGCUCCCCUCCGACCCGACCAAGCCUAUUAUCAUGGUUGGACCCGGUACUGGUGUCGCUCCUUUCCGUGGAUUUAUCCAGGAACGUGCUGCCUUGGCCGCUAAGGGCGAGGAGGUUGGCACUACUCUUCUGUUCUUUGGAUGCCGCAACAGUAAGGAGGACUUCUUGUACAAGGAUGAAUUCAAGACCUUCCAGGACCAGCUUGGCGACAAGUUGAAGAUCAUCACCGCCUUCUCCCGUGAAUCGUCCCAGAAAGUAUACGUUCAGCACAGAUUGCGUGAAAGCGCACAGCUCGUUGGCGACCUUCUCAAGCAGAAGGCCACCUUCUACGUCUGCGGUGACGCAGCCAACAUGGCUCGUGAGGUCAACAUCGUCCUUGGCCAGAUCAUCGCUGAGCAGCGUGGUCUUCCCGCCGAGAGGGGCGAAGAAAUGGUCAAGCACAUGCGCAGCAGCGGAAGCUACCAGGAAGAUGUCUGGUCAUAG